AUUAACGUCAGUGUCACAUUUCAUAAUUUGCUGUCAAAAAAAAUCUUGCAGGCUAAAACACCAUCAAAGAAGAGUUAUCUUUACGUAAUUUCGGAUUUUUACAACCGCUAUAGACACAACGCCAUGGGUAACGCCUUCGCCCUAUACGCCAGACCCGAAGUCACCCCAGAUCCAAGGAAAGAACCAGCAUUCGAUCCUCAAAUGGGCUUUCCAAAUGGUCGCAAGGAACGUGUUAUGAUUGCCACUGAAGCUGAAAUGCAAUCGGCCAAACUUGCCCAAGAAGAUCGUGACUUCUGUGCCCACAAACUUCUCAAGUAUCGUGCAUGCCGAUCCGAUAAGUUCCCAUGGGUGUACAAGUGUCAUCAUGAGAAACACGAAUACAUGACAUGCGAAUAUGAAGAUUAUGUGCUGCGAAUGAAGGAAUACGAACGUGAGAGGCGUUUGAUGGAGCGUGCCGAACGCAUCAGACACCGACAACAAUUGGCUGCCUAAGGAAUAAGAAUAACCACGAGAAAAUUGUAACUUUAUUUUUUGUCUAGUUUAAUUUAUCAUUAAACAAAAUCAUUUGGUUGGAACUUUA